AUGCCGGUCAAGGACUUUUUGAUUGGAAACCUCUUACGUCUUAUAAAGAUGCACAUACACGGCACAAUAUUUUGGACGAUUGCCGUGCACGCAUUCCACCAUCAAGACGGAAUCUACGGAAUUUUGACUCAAAGUAUAGGUCUUCCUCAAUCGAAAGCACUUGAGUUUAUCUCAGGAUACGGCCUAUCUUUUUGCUUGGGAGCCUCGAUGUGGUCGGGAUUAGAGAUUGCUUCAUGUGCAGUGAACAUCGUUGAGGCUGUCUUUUGGCCAAUUGCGCGAAAGGUUUUACCUAGCGAUUGGGCACCUCAAGAUGAAUUUGAUACGACUCGCUACCCUGAGCUUUUCUCCACUCCAUGGGCUCGUGAGAGUAUGUCUGACUUUUGGGGAAGAGGUUGGCAUGCACUGUUCAGAAGAGACUUGAUUUUCUGCGCUGCCAUGCCAUUGGGGAAGCUAUUCGGGCGCUUUGGAAAAGUAGCCGGCCAAAUCGGGGGCUUGAUAGGUGCGAUGGGCUUGAGUGCGUUUAUGCACGAGUAUGCAAUUGCUUCCAUCAGUCGAGCACGCUGGGACUAUGAGAUCGCAGCAUUUUUUAUGCAUUGUGCCUUUGUGAUGUUAUUCGAGACGAUGCUUGAGAGAUUUACCAAGUUCAAGAUUAGCGGAAUCUUCGGCCACGUCUGGACAUAUGGAUGGUUGAUGUACCUCGGAAAACCUGGCAUGGACCUUUGGAUGGUGCGUGGGCUGGGCGAAGGAAUGACCCCUGUAUCUCAAUGGACAUGGAAACGAUUUGUCUUUCCAGCAGGAACACUCAUGCCCAAUGAGUGGCUUGAUGUAUUCAUCCCAUUCUGA